CCAAGUUGAUACUGAGCCUAUAUCCACUGGUUAUUGUUUGUUUAGAUUAAGAAGGUUACCGCAGCAAUGAGUGUAUCUGCUCAACUCUUUACUUAUGCACUCAUAGCGCCACGUGGCUUCCUCUCACGUUUUAAUGUCUCUCUUUCUUUCUGCUCCCCCUCCCCAGUGCCGAUGAUAAAAACCGAACCUAAUGACGAGUAUGAUUCUCUGGGAACCGUUGGGCUGUCCAUGCAUUCAAAGACCUUCUACAGCAAGCCCAGGCUCACUUCCAUCUUGCCCGUUGACGAUCCUGACACCUGCCUAGUUGGUGGCUACGCUCCUUGCCCCCCUCGACAUGCCACCAUGCCUCCAUCCUCUCCAAGCUCAAGCCCUAGUUUGCACGAUCUGUCCCCUGUAACAUACAGCAAGUGCCUCCCCAACAGCCCCAUCCAAGAGGCCCCACCAGGCACUGUUGUGGCUCCCAUUCAGGAGACCCAUUGCUGCCCCAGUCUUGCUCACCCAACGUCACCCGACAACACUUCCCUAGGGAUGCUCCACUCCCAGGGUAGCCCCAACCACCUCAGCAGUCCUGGACCCCAAAGUUACCACCAAUCUAUAUAUGCCAACAGCAGCUCUUCAUCCUCCCCAGUCUCUCACCCCUCCACUCCCAUUGGAACAGCAGAGAGUCCAUUUCAAGCCUACAGUCCCAGUCAGGCCCAGGCAGCUGGCAGCUCAGCCCAAGCUGUAGGCAGCCCACCCAGUCUGCUACCUGAAGAUGCCAGUCCCCCGUCAACAGCCAUCACUGUCAAGCAAGAGCCCCAAGAACUGGACCAGAUGUACCUAGAUGAUGUGAACGAGAUCAUCAAGAAUGACCUCUCCGCCAUUUCUGUUCACACGCAUGCAUAGACUCCCAGUCUUCUGCUUCACACACACACACACACACACACACACACACACACACACACACACACACACACACACACACACACACACACACACACACACACACACACACACACACACACACCUGCUGCAAGAGGACGAAAAAGGCUGCAAUCCAGAAUAUGAAGAUAGGAUCUCCUAUCAUCACCUGCUCAGACACCUGCUGCAGACUCACACUGACAAUCACAGCAGGCUCAAUUUCAAUAAAAGGGUUACAUCUUUUAAAGAAGGGAAGUGAUAUCAGGGGCAAAGUAUGAGACUACACUUGUCUUUAUGCACAGCAGAUGUUUUUAGUGGACCAAGCAACUCAGUGACUGCAUUACUCUUCUACAAAUGACAAUCUUCAUUUCAUCUAAGGUUGCUAUGUUCAUGCAUGGACACGCUAAUGGGACAGCGAGUGUCGAGCUUCAUCAUCGGUUCCUUUUGUUUGUGCAGCUACAACUAAACUGGUGCCUUACAGCAGUGACACGUGCAAGCGAGACCCAAAGCCGAAGUUUUUAUACGUCUCUUUUGUAUCAUUUCAAGGAUUUGUUUACAGGAAAAUGGAAUAAAGAAAAGGAAAAUGUGUUAGGGGUAUGUGAAUACAUGAUAGUUACAUAUUUCUUGUUUCAUCGUUAUUAUUAAUAUUAUUACCACUGUUCAUUUAUGCUGAAUGUUCUGUAUGAUAUCCUUUUGUAUAAACAUGUCUGAUAAAAUAUGUAUGCCUUAAGCUCAUAUCAUAAAUAUUUUCUACUUAAGCAUUCCACUCUUCCCUCCGUCUUCCCCUCCACGUGUUUUUCAUCCUGCGUUUUGCUUUUCACCUUAGUGCCUAUUUUUGAUUCCCCUCAUUGCCAUUUCUUCAAGUCCUUGACUCAGAUUUAGUCAUACAGAUGCAAAGACAAUCAGAUAACAUCGCUAAAUCUAAUGACAAAGUCUCUUUAUCACAGGGACUUAUAAAAGCAGGUGGCAAAGGCUUUUCCUCCAUGCAGUGAAACAGAUGAACGAUGCCUGCCUGCCGAACUUAAACAAGAAUACCACCAGUUACGUCUUGAACUGCAGGUUUUCCUGCAGUAAGGUAAAAGUUUUUUUUCUACAUUUGUUACAAAUUCAUUUCCAGUGACCCGUGUGAUUUCACUGAGGAGUUGGCAAGACUGUUACUUACCUGCAGCUGGCAAUAAUUGGUCUUAGUUAACCAAAGGAUUUUAUCUUUGGUGAAAUUAUUGUCCAAAGCUUUCUUCUUCUGUGUGAAACGUUUAGCAUAGCACAAUUCCCCAGAUAUUAAACGUUGUGCACUUUACAGCAGAAACAAAGCAGAAUUUCUUGCCUUCAGACCAAAUCUUAUGGAGUGAUUUCCUCAGCUGUGUCAAACUUACUCUAACCAUACAAAGCUGCUGCCUUUCUGUGUUGUUUUGUCUUUAGGGGCAUGCGCACCAAUCUAAUGACGGACAUCAUUUAGCUGAGAUUAGUUUUCAGAAUAGCUUUCUGAUACCUUUUUGAACAUAAUCUGUCAGAGCAUGAGUAAACUGUAUGAAUACUCUUCCUAUUCUGUGCCUUACUCUCUUUUAUGGCUUAAAAACUAUUGCAACUGUGUAAUGCUUUAUUUCUGUAUAGGCACAAGGUGAAAUGUCUUUAAUAUGACAUAUUUAUGAAAAAUAA